AUGUCGAAACAGUGGGUUAUGACCCCGCCAGGGCUCCAGCGCCUGCAGGCAGAAAUCCAGUUUUCUGUACACGUACGGGAAGGAGGUGAUACAUACCCUGUGAACUUGAGCGGCCCAAGACCGGAUCUCGCAAGCUGUCGACCGACUUUUCACCUUCCUUGCCUCUCCAACUGCGGCCGCAAUGCAGCCGAGGUUCUAGGAUGCCUUCUAGUUUCACCGUUUUCGGGUUCUUCUGAUUUCUUGGACGCUCACCGUUCGGAUCAAAAGCUGGUCGUGGCGACGUCUCGGGGGAACUACGGUCUUAAAGAGGGCAUGAUUGGAGAUGAGGAGACCGACACCAUACUAAUCAGCUGGGGGGCUAGACAGCAGGACCCCUAUUAUCAGAGUGCCACAUGGUCUCACGAUGCGAAAAGGGUCUCGUGUGGAGUUUCCGUGGAGUUUCCCCCUGAUACCGAGUGUCAGACCCUUGGAAUGAUCGGCGCAUGGAAGGAAACCUCUCAAAACAUACCCACAGACUCGCAUGUUAUUGCUCCCUGCCUGCUCCGCCGUGGCAAGGAAUGGGAAAUUCAGGGACAGGAUCGACGCGCAGCACUGAAGGCUUGGAGCAUCAAGGCAGCAGCUUAUCAUCCGGUCCGGCCGACCGUUGACCGACCAAAGGACGACCGACCCGUCGGCUGCCGAAACCUCCACCGACCCAGUUGA